AUGAAGUUAAGAAUAUUGAAUAAGGUUAAAGAAGUUUCUGGGAAAAUUUCUAUCAUUAUUGAUGAAUCCACCAGCAUAAGUUCAAAGUCAGUACUCAUAAUUUAUUUGAAGUGUGAAAUAAGUAAAGAAAAGUCCCCUAACAUUUUGUUCUUAGAUCUAGUUGAACUUCCUGAUCAAAGGGCCGAAUCUGUUUUUAACACUACACUUAAGUGCCUUGAACAAUAUGGGUUUGACAAUGGUUAUUUAAAAGAGAACUUAGUUUCUUUCACAAGUGACGGGGCUAGUGUUAUGUUAGGGAAACACUCAGGAGUGGCAAAGAGGUUUUCAACUUUGUACCCUGAUAUAAUCGUUUGGCACUGUUUAAAUCACAGAUUGGAAUUGGCUAUUGGGGACGCAGUCAGCGAAGUGGCCGGAGUGAAUCAUUUCCAGAUAUUUAUGGACAAACUGUACUCGCUGUACAGCGCCUCUCCAAAAAACAAGCGUGAGUUAAAAGACUGUGCACAAGAACUUGACAUUCAGAUGAACAAAAUCGGAAGAGUGUUGAGCACAAGAUGGGUAGCCAGUAGCUUUCGUACCGUUUCGGCUGUGUGGUUUGGCUUUCAAGCUUUGGCAAACCAUUUCUCUAAAGCCAUAAACGAUCCUGACAGAACAUCGACUGAAAAAAGCAAAUAUAGUGGUUUAUUAAAUAGGCUAACAUCUCAGAGUUUUCUACUAAACUUGGCCUUUAUGUUUGACAUUCUUGCUGAAUUGGCUUUGUUAUCAGAGAGCUUAGAGAAUAGAAACACUUCUAUUGUGUAUGCAGACAAACUGAUAAACAGAUCCGUAAGAUAUUUAGAGCACUUAAAGGAGAAGCCAGGCACGAAAGUUCUGGAAGCACAAAUCGCCAUAAAAGAAGGAAAUUUUGCAUCAGUUGUGUUAAAAACUAAUCCAAAAAUUGUAUCGUUCAAUGGACAGCAACUUAUUUCUAGUGUUAUAAAUAACCUAAAGCAAAGAAUGUUUGUCACCACAUUUGAUGGGGAAGCCCAAUAUGAAGAUCUUAUAAACUCUUUUAAAGUAUUAGAACCUGAGUAUUGGCCAACCUGCAUUCCACCAAGUUUUGGUCAAACUCAAGUAGAGCAACUGUGCAAGAGAUUUAAAUUGAACGUCAACAAAGCUGUCUCUGCCUACAGAGACUAUUUGGACAACAGCCGACAAGUGCCUGAUGGAUUGCAAGAACUGUUAAACUGCACUAAAAUAAUACCUUGCAGCUCAGCUGAUUGUGAACGGGGUUUCAGUUGUAUGAACAAUAUGGUUACACCAUCAAGAAACGCUUUGACUGUUGCUCAUGUAUCAUCAUUGAUGUUCAUAAAAAUCCAAGGUCCACCUCUCCAAGAAUGGCAGCCUGAGACGUACGUCACUAAAUGGCUGAGGAGCCACCGGUCUGCAGACGAUUCCAGGACAAGAGUUGCAGAAAACCCAAAAAAGAACGCAAAGAAGGAUGCAUUUUGGCACUUACUUUGA